CGUGCACGAGACAAGCAAAGACGAGCAAGCAAGGUGCAUUGCUACGAAUGGGCCGCACCUGGCUUCCCAAUAACCACACCAACCUCCAUCUUCGGCCAUGGACGGAUGGGUGCACGAAGUGAAGAUCAAGGCAGAGGUUGAGUCAGAGGAAGAGGCCGUGGCCGAAGAUGAGACGGAUGAAGAGCAGCAAGAGCAAGGGUACAGUGAAUACCGCUACAAGCAGGAGCCAACGGAGCUCUCCGAGUACCUGCAUCGAAAACAACACAUCAGGCGCAGCACCGCAGCCGCUGUUCGCGUAACAGUACGCCACGAGAGUGAUAGGGAGUCUCCGCGGUUGCCCCGUGCGCCCACACCUGCACCUGGUGCCAGCACGAGACAGCGCCUUCCGCACCAGGAUGACAGGGAGAAUAGAGACAGUGAGGUGAGGCGAGGCUCGGAGGAGACACAGCUGCAACUUACACGUGGCCGCACCACGUCAGCCGAUCAGAGAUCACGAGCCUCUCCCUCAGCAUCAACAGCUGCAUCAUCGUCGUCAUCAUCACGAUUGCGGCUGUCUCGAAGAUCGCCCUCUCCCCAGCGGCGAAGGCCAUCGCUUUCAGCCGUGCACGCGUCAGGUUUACCCGACACUUUCCACUAUCCAAACCACAGUCAUAGGCAUACCCAGUCGCACUACCGCUCGUCGCGUCACCGUGACUACGACUACGACUACGACUAUGCUCGCAACUACGAUUACUAUCGUAGCGACAGGCGCAUGCGCGCUGCCGCCGGUUCCACCCGGCCAUACCGCGUGAGGUCGCCACCAUACGGGCCAUCGCGUCACGCGCACGCGUCCAUAGAUCGGUAUCAUCCAUACCACGGCGGCCACACGGAGCGCCCUAGCUACAGCCCGCCCCACCGCUACCGACGGCCCCACCACGGAUACGGGUCUCCACGUGCGGACGACACACGCGGGUCAGCAUCGAGAUCCCGCCGCUCUUCCCACAGCUCCUCCCAGAGUCACAGCCACAGUCACAGCCGUAUGCAUGCUCGUGCAGCUGCAAUGUCAGCCUCACCAUCAGCUGCCAGGUCAGCAGCAGCAUUCACAGCCACGCUGCCACCGCCCAUACCCGGCGACCCGCGACGACGCCCGCCACCACCAGCAUGGCACCGGUCAAAACCAUUGCCCUCAUCACCAGCGCCAGCGCCAGCAGCAGCAGCAGCAACAGCAAUAGCAGCAGCAACAGCAGCAGCCUCGCCAUCACGUCUGGAUUUGUCAUCUGCAGCAGCAACAGAGUACCGACAGCGAUCAUCAUCAUCAUCCACAUCGUCAUUGUCGUCGUCGUCGAGAGGGCGACGCGAAUCACAUGACGCAGCAGCAUCAGCACGGCGGCCAUCAUCACCAUCAUCCACACCAUCGUUGUUGCUGCUGAGAGGACGAAGGCGCUCCCAAACGCUUGCACGGCGCGACAGCGACCACCACCAUCACCACCGCCAUCGCAAUGCCCAUGACGGAGAGUAUGGUUCCAGGCACCGUCGCUCACGUUCGCUGUCGUCACGAUCUGUGUCGAGAUCACCAUCGAUAUCGCGUGUGCGGCCGUUGCGCCCACGACGGAGGCCACGAUCACACUCGCGCUCGCACUCGCGUUCGCGUUCACGUACACCAACCCGCACCCACACGCACACACGCACGCGCACGCGUACACAUUCUCGGCGACGGUCAAGGUGGAGGUCACCGUCGCUCUCACUAUCACGAUCACGGUCACGAUCACCACGGUCACGAUCGCGAGAGAUGGGGAGGAGAAGGGGACGAAGAAUAGCCGGUGGGCAUCGAUCACGCAGUGGCAGUGGUGGCAGGUCACAGUUACGGUCACGGUCACAUUCGCCCGCACGCGCACGUUCACGCUCCCACGAUGAGGUGAGGAGGGAAGACGUGUUAGCAGCGAACAUGCCUGACAACAGCGACAAACACAGCAGCGCAAAUAGCAGCAGCAACAGCAACAACCACAAGUGCAGCAGUAACACAAACGGCCACGACGUCAGCGAUGCCAACAACAACAACAACAACAACAACAACAACAACAACAACAGCAGCAGCAGCAGCAGCAGCAGAAGCAAUAAGUUGGCCAGCGGAGCACUCGUGGUUGGCAGCAGCACCAACAUCUUUCGCACCAUCAUCAACCCAAGGCGACAGCGGCGCCAGUUGCCCGUUGUGCUGCCGCGCCAGAACAGCGGACAGCACAGUGGUGGCGCUGGUGCUACUGCUUCCGCUGUUGUGGUGGAGGGCGUGUCGUGUCUUGGCAUUGCCUGCAAGCACAGCCCCUUUGGCAACCGCCUGCCUUUUACAACGCUUGAGCUGGAGCCCACCCCACACGAGGCAAGCCAGCUGGCGGCGUAUGUGGGCACAGAUGACACGUUUCUGGGUGUUUUGCAUGCGUACGCGCUUGUUCAGCACUUGGCGGCAGGUGGGUCUCUCCCGUGCACCACAACCACACCCCUUGUCACGGCACCAAGGACGACGGGCGACCCCUUGCCUCGUCCAUCACCACUGCCAUCACGUGUCGUGACUAUUGAUUUGUCAUCCACGUCAUCGUCGUCGUCGUCUUCUCCACCGGUCGUGCAGCAAGGAAAACCAACGAGCAGCAAUCGCGCGCACACCCAACACAGCAAGAGCAAAAGCAAGAACAAGAACACCAGCAGCACUGCAGCCAAUACCAACACUAACAAGACCACGACGAACAGCAACACCGCAGUUGAUACAAGCCAUGGCGACCAAAGCAGCAUCAGCACGCCCGGUGACAUCACGACAACAUACAUCAGCGCCAGAGCAGGCCUGCGUGCUGGUGUGCAUGGCACCAUCGUUGCGACGAGUGGGGAGGAAGUUCGCGAGCGCUUCAGCUCCGUCCUCAAGCACCUGCUGACGCGACUGGCAACAACGGCACACGCACCCACCCAGCUCGACCCACACCCAGCCACCCAUCAACACAACAGCAACGGCAGCAGUGACAGCAACAACAACAACAACAACAGCCUCAUAGCGGACACUCACCGCCGUGGCCGCAACCGUCACGUUGGCAGCAGCAGCAGCAGCAGCAGCAACAACAGCAACAGCAACAGUGUGUUCACGCCAUCACCAUCGCCAGCAGCGGGGGUGUUUGCGACUGCGUUUACUGGUAGCGAUGCGCUGGAUGCACACCUGCACGCCAGCAGCCAGACGCCACAGCAGCAGCACUUGUGCAGGGCUACGCUCGCCCGGUUUGUUGACGCGCUGUGCGGCGUUGUGGAGUGUCUUGCUGCAACCACACCAGAGCUUACGCAGCGGUACGGGGGCGUGCGUGUUGUACGCCAGGCGUCCAUGGUGACAGACGGCCACCUCCGCGACGUGGCUGCUGGCGCUGGCAUCAUUAUUACGCUCGACCCGUGCGUUGUGCUGUUUGCCACCAGCAGCCAGAGCAGUGAUGCUCGGCAGCAGCACCAUCAGCAGCAGCAACAGCAGGCGAAUGUGCGGAUAUGCAACUGCAUCUACGACGAAGACGCAGAGGCCUCUGCGCGUUGGACGCUUCGCCCACCCAGCACACAACCACUCACGAAUGGUGGUGGUAAAGGUGAAGGUGGUGGUGGUUGUGGUGUUGCUGGUGGGAAGAAGCCCAAUGCGCCUGCUCGACAGCACGCUCAGCAACAGACUCGUCAAGACAGCAGCAACAGUGGUCACAAGACCAACGGCACGGCAAACAACACGGCGAACAACACAGCAAACAACAAGGCCAACAACACAGCAAAGGGCAAGGCGAACAACAAGGCAAGCCGAAAGGCAAAGGGGAAGGCAAGACGCAAGGCAACCACCACCACCACCAGCAGCAGCAGCAGCGACAGCAGCAUUGCAAGGGGGUUCACGCGCAGCAGGAACGCCAAGGCAGGUGCAGACGACACACCCAGCACCGCAAUCACCGUCACAGCUUCCCCUGCAGUCUCCGCAUCGCCCAACACACCCUCAUCCCUAGCAGCCGCUUCCACUUCAUCAUCAUCGCCACCACCAUCAGCAUCGUUGUCGAUGUUUGCGUUGGUGCGUGCGCUGCCGUGGGUGCCCCCGCAUCCCCGCCUGUGCGGCCUUCCAACACGCGAUCUCCCAUCCCCGGCCACUUGGGUGGACCUGCACAGCGCCCUCCCGCGCCAAUCCGCGUUUGAUAUUGCAACGCGCACAGUGCCGCCACCGCCACUGGCACACCAGCCGACAUCAGCAGCACCACUUGCCAUUGCACCAGCAUCAGCAGCAACAACAACAGCAACGGCAGCAACGGCAGCAACGGCAGCAACGGCAGCAGCAGCAGUAGAUGCGGCCAUGUCAUCGGGCAGUGGAAGCAAGACGCUUCGCUUUGCUGCUGUGCCGAGCACGCCUGGACUGGAUGCCACGUUUGCUUCGCAACUGCAGACGUCGCUGUGGUGCAUCCCCGAGGCGUUACAGCACGUAUUUGACAUCAGCAGCAGCGCAUUCACGUUCAGCCGCAUUCUUCUGUCGCGCAUUGCCUUUGGCACCAUUGUGUUCACGCCGACGCUUGCCGAAGACGCUGCAGAGGCGCUCGUGGACCUGACGGCUGCUGCAGGCACACACGGCCCGGAGCAACGCACCCACAGCACACCGAUGGCUGCAGGCAGCAGCAGCAACGGGCGUGGCAGCACAGUCGGUGAGCAGAUGGCAUCACACCAGCGGGACCAGCAGCAGGGCAAGGUGUCGUCCUUCGCAGUACCGCCGCCAUCGCAACCGCUGUUGCAGGUGAUUGUGACGACGCGCAGUGCGCUGCCAAGUUUCACCACCAUGUACCCGGACGUGGUGGUGUGCGGGGUAUGGUCGGCUUCCACCCUUGCUGCACUCAAGCAGUUUUGCAAGGCGUUUGCCACCAUCAACUAUGACGCGAAUUGCGCUCUGUCAUCACAACCACAGCAGCAGCAGCAGCAGCAGCAGCAGUUCGUGGUCAACGAAGCAGCAGCAGCAACAACAACAACAACAACAACAACAACAACAACAACAAGAAUGACAGCAGCAACGGCCGUAACAGCAGCAAGCGGUGCCGGCACUGACGACAUCAACGAUGGCGAUGACGAGGUGGUGGUGAUUGACGAGAGUGCCACGCAGCGGCUCGCACACGCGCUGGACACUAGCAGCGAGAGCAGCGAGAGCAGCGAGAGCGAGAGUUCUGGGGGCGACCACAGCAGCGAUGAAGACUACAAUGUGGGUGAGGAGGACACCGGUGAUGAGGAGAGUGAAUACGAGAGAGGAAGCGAGACAACGAGCGACGAGGACAAUGCGAGUGAAGAGGACAUUGCUGGUGGGAGGCGCCUGUUUGUUGGGACGCGCGCGUCAAGGCGGACAGCAGAGGUUAACGGAAGUAAGAGAACAAAACACAACCGUAGCACAGGCCGCAGUAAGCGCAGUAAUGGCAGAGGAAACGAUGAGGACAGCGACAGCAGUAACAGCAGCGAUGUUGUGCACGUCAAAGCAGGGGCAGCAAGCAGGGGCAAACGAUUGGUGUUCGUCUCCAGCAGCAAUGACACUAGUAGCAAUGAUGGCAGCAGCAGCAGUGGCAGCAGUGAUGAAAGUGACAGUGACGGUGACAAGGAGCGGCAGGCAAAGGGUACGGAACCCAGCGGCAACAAGGGCGAAACGACAGCACAGGCAGAGUCAACCGUGAGCCCGUUUGUUGUGAUUAUGGACGCGGUAUGCCUGCGCUUCUUGCGUGCGCGCAGCACCAACGCAACCGGUGCGCGUGGUCAUGACGUGGUGCCACUCUCAACGGUUAUCGACACCAUGCUUCGCACCGCAGACGUAGAGCGGUUUGCGUGCAUGGGCGUGACGCGUUGGCACACUGGGUGGGCAGAUGCCACUUCCGACACCACCUCCGAUACAAGUGGGGUGCUUGAGCCAGCACAGAAAUACGCGCACGGGCAUGUUUACUCGUUUGUGCUGCUGAACGCAGAUGCAACGCGUGAUGUGCACUACCGCGUUGAGGAUUCUGUGUGGGAGGAUGUGCGGUUCAACGAGCGCCUGCAUGCGCGCGGGCUGGUUGUCCUCAAGCACCGCCUCCUCUCCGUUGUUGUUCGCCACUCCGUGGCCGACGACCGCGCCAGUGCUGGUGGUGACACUGACGCCAAUGCCAGCAGCCACGCCAGCAUCUCCACUGGACAUACGAGUGCGCCGGUAGCGCGAGGGCGCAGCGCCGUGUUGUCAUCGUCAAGAGGACCGGCAGCAGCAGCAGCAGCAGCAUUACUACCACCAGCAGCAACAGCGAUGCAAGCAGUUACUGGAGCAGCAACGGCGGCACCACUGGGAGGCAGCCAGCCACUCGUGUUCUGUGUGCCAAACCUCUCCAUCCUCCAUGCUGCUGGCGGGCAGCGUGGCCUGGGUAUGCAGGAAGACGACGACUGUGUUGAGACGGCUGCCGUGACAAUGAGCGUGACGUUGGCCGAGCUCGGCCUUCACGCUGACGGGCCAGGCGUGAACUACAUGCGCAUGUGUCGCGCCAUUACGCGCAGCCUGCGGGGCGUGCUGGCAGCCAGCGACCCUGCAGCUGCUGGCCUCUUGCACACUGUUGGCAUUGCAGAGCCGCUGCUGCUGCUACAUCCGAACCCACCACCGCAAGGGCACGUGGUGCACGUGUCUGUGUCUGUGAGUGGAUCGCAGCCACCGCCAUCGCUUGUGUUUGAGCCAAGAUCUCCAGCGCCUGUUGGCUGCAUGCUAUCGCUGCUCACGGCUGGAGGGCUGAUUGCACACGACGCCGUCGUUGUUGUCCCGCCCACCUGGCCACUGGUGCCUGCAUGCAAUCGCUUCGCCCCCGCCAUCACGGCGCCCCCUACCACUCCAAGCAAUGGUCGCAACGGCAGCGGCCGCGGCCGGGGCCGGGGUCGACGGAACAACUCCGCAGGCAAGGGUGGAUCGCCUGCCUUGAGUAUGGUGAGAGCUGCAGUUCAGUUGCACGCACCGGUGCUGUGUGUGAGCAGUGACGAAGCGAUGGCAGUGCUGAUGGCUCUGAAGCAGCACCCACAGGGCGAGUGUGUGCGCCUUGUGGCUGUGCGCCCUGCCCACCCUGCCACUGAGCUGUCUGCGGCUCUGAUCACACCCACGCGAUGCCACAGCGCGUUCCUGCCGAGUGUUGGCUGGCACCUGGUAACACCGGCAUCACACGCCAGAGAGCUGCAGACAGAGCUCCCACCGUCUUCGUUCACGCAGUCCGAACAGCAAAAGACACCGCGGCAGCUGAGGAGGCAACGACAGAAAGAGAGAAAAAUCGCAGACAAUCAGCAGCAACAACAGCAACAGAGGCAGGCUGCUGCCCAAGGGAAGGGCACCAAGGCUGGGGAAGCAAGCAAAACAGACAUCGCAGCGGCUGCAGUUGUUGCGGCGAUGAAGAUGGACGGGGGCGCUCCGGAAGCGCUUGGAAAGAAGAAGACGAAGCACACAAAGGCAACACCGAGCAAGAAACAAGCCGAGUCACAGCAGCAGCAUCACGAACAACAGCAGCAACAGGAGAAGAAGGAGAAGAAGAAGGAGAAAAACAGGAAGAAACAGCAGCAGGAGGAGGAGGAGGAGAAGAGGAAGAAGGGCAAUGGUGUGCAAGAAGUGGCGUCUUCAGCAGCUGCGGCAACCACGACCCCAGAGCCCCUGGCCAAGAAAGCGAAGAAACAGCCAUCAAAGCAGCCACAGAGCGCAAAGACAGAGAAGAAGGCAGAGAUGAAGGUGGGCAAGGUGGAGCCAGCAAGCAACAUAGAAGGUGAGAAGCAAGGCACCACAGUUGCCAUGAGGAAGCACACAGCGCAACCGCUGGUCAGAGAUAUGGCAGAACCGACAGGAGGUACCGAGCAAAAGAAGGGUGUGUUGCUCAAGGCAGCAAGCGCACAGAUGAAGCAGCGAAAGGCCAAGGUCAAUGCACGUUCCUCCUCCUCCUCCUCCUCCUCCUCCUCGUCGUCGUCGCCCUCUUCUUCAUCAUCCUCUUCUUCUUCAUCAUCCCCCUCCUCCUCCUCUUCGUCUUCGUCGUCGUCACCAUCAUCAUCAUCACCACCACCACUGCUGCUGCUUGGACCAUCGACACCAUCACGGGCUGUCAGCACCACAGCCGUUGUACCGCGGCCCAAGCGAGCAAUACGAGCCAAGACAGGCACGCAGACGCCACGCACAGCGGCGCUUGCAGCUGUCAAACGGACAGCCCGUAUGCUCGCCACAGCGUCAACGUCAUCGUCGUCAUCAUCAUCCAGCAGCGACAGCAGCGACAGCAGUGACAGCAGCGACGAGGAUGAUGAGGAUGACGGGAAGGGUGCUGUUCGGGUCAGAGCUGGCACUGCAAGCACAGGCAAGCGGCUUGUGUUUCUGUCCAGCAAUGACAACAGCAGCAGUGACAGCAGCAGUGACAGCAGCAGUGACAGCAGCAGUAGUGAAGAAGAGGAGCAUCCGGCAAAGAAGACCAAACGGACGCCUGCAAGGCUGAGCACACGCGGUGAGCAGAAGCAAAAACAGUUGACCGGCAGGAACAGUGACAGUCGCAAGGGCGGAAAGGCCGUUUCUGGCAAGGCCCCACCAUCAGCGUUGCCACAGAAACAGAGGAAUGGGAAGGCGAGCAAGAGUGGGCAGCAGUCGUCCCCUCAGGCGACGAACAGCGCAGCCGGCAAGACACCGCCGCCAGCGAAGAAGAACCAGACGAAGCAGCAGCAGCAAAAGCAGCAUCAGCAGCAGCAGUUCAAAAGCAAGGGCAAGGCGGAGAAGGCUGCGCCCAGUGGCGGGGACGCCGUAAAGGGCAAAGCGCAAGGCAGUACGGGCAGCAAUACGAACAGCAAGCAGGGCAGGGCAGAGCUGACGAAGAAGGGCAAGCAGAGCAAGAAAGAGGGCGAGAAGACAAAGGCGAAGAAGCAGCAGUCAAAACAGCAGGGAAAGAAGACGAAGAAGAAGAAGAAGAAGAAGAAAGCCCCAGGCAGUGGCUGCGAUGAUCGUGACAGAAACAACAGCGCCAACAACAAUGACAAAGGUGGAGGAAGUGGAAAGAGCACGGGCAAAGAGGCUGGCAGCAAGAGCAAAGAGACAAGCACGAAACAGGCUGCGGCCCAGGCCAGCAGCACCGGCUCCCGGGACAGGACAAACAAGAAGAAGCAGAAGCAGCCACAAGACAAGAAGACGAAGAAGAAGCAACAACAGCCAACGCAGAAGCAGGGCCAAAAGAGCGGCAUGAAAGGCGAGGGCGGUGAGGAGAAAUGCAGCAAAGCUGUGACAACUCAGAACAACGGUAGACAGCAGAAGCAGCAGAAACCAGAGCAGCGGACGGAAAAGGCUGGCAGCGCGGGUGUUAAUGCCACCAACAACGUCUCGUUUGUGAUUGAGGCGGCCAAUGAGAACCGGCUGGUGGUGACAUCUCCAGUACGUGCGACAGGGAAGAGGACGGCCUCGAUGCGGGACGCUGCGACCGUCAGCAGCAGCAGCAGUAGCAGCAAGAGCAAGAAGAGCAAGAAGGGCAAGACGAGCAGCAGCGAGAGUUGUAGCAGCAGCAAGAGCAAGAAGAGCAAGAAGGGCAAGAGCAGCAGCGAGAGAUGCAGCAGCAGCAGCAGCAGCAAGGGCACGGGCAAGAGCAGCGGUGGGGGCGGCAGUGAUGUCGACAAUGUACGCAGGAGGACGCUCUCCGCAGGUGCAGAGCCACCAUCACCGCCAGAACAGCGGACGACGAAGAGCAAGAAAGGCGAGGAGCGCCAGGAACAGCCGCCGCCGCCGCCACAUCUCCAAGGCUCCAAUGAGAGCGCAGCAAGUUCUAGCAAGGCCAAGCAAACUGUUGAGCAAGCUGCCCUGCAUGGCUCCAGCACGACUGCGGCACGCCGCACGACAGCCCCACCGUCGUCAUCGUCGUCCGCUCAGCCCGAGGCGCAUCGGCAGCACAUCAUCACACCCUUCCCAUUGCCACCACACCCCUCGCGCCCACUGCAGCAGCAACAGCAGCCACAACCGCAGCAGCACCAGCAUCAGCAGCGAGGGCAAGGUCACGUCAUGCAGUCCGCAGCGCAGUCACAGUCGAGUGCGCAGGAACGGCCACCACUUCUGCCGCUGCCAGGCACCGUGCCACCCAUCUCGCUCGCUGCCAGCAGAGAGGCAGAGCGCUGGUCCACCACAACCGGCAUGCGGUGCCGCGUGGGGUUUCCAACACGCGAGGAGGAAGACCGGGGCCACGACGACGGGUAUCAUAACCGCCGCCGCCGGCACCGUGAUCGCCAUCAUCGCAGCGAGCGGAUUGGGCGGCGCGAGUGGUGGGAUGGGGAGGAGGUGGAGGAAGAGGAAGGGCCACGGGGAGGAAGGAGGCGAGAGUAUCGCAUGGGGAGGAGGGACCUUCGGCCUCCGCACCCAAUGUCUUCCGUGCAAAGGAGCGGUGAUCACAGGCGAAACCCGAUGAUGCCACCGGCGGCGCCGCCGCCACCACGCCCCCUGAGCAAUGGCAAAUGGCUACCCCAACCAUCCUCAGCCGCACCGUCAUCGACGUUGUACCGCCAGCACUCAAUGCAUCGAGGAGUGGCAGUGGGCCCGCCACCACCGCACUUGCCGCCACCGCCCGCGCUCGCCCAGUCGUCGUCUCUGCAUCCGCCCGCGCAGCCGUACCCGCAUCACGCGCCAUAUUCACAACGCACGCCGUUUGGGUCCCACGCGCCACCACUGCGGCACGCCUCAAGUACGCACUGGUCCCAUACGCGCGGUGCCGUGCAGCCCACACUGCCGCAUCACACCUCGCGCACGCGCCACGACCACAGCCAUCAUCGUCGCGACCAGCAGCAGCAGCAGCAGCAACAGCAGGCGGAUGAGAGGGAGGGCGCAUCGUUUGUGCACUUCCAGACACCCCAACGCGUCACAACACACACGGCAUCAGGCCGCAUGGAUGGCGGCGAUGGUGAUGGCAGUGGUCACUGGGAUGAAGAAGGAGGAGGUGGUGGUGAAGGUGGUGAUGAUGAUGCAGAUGGGGGCGUGUCGUUGACAUCGUCACCGCACAUUGCGCCCUCUGCCGCUGGGCCGCGGCGGUCUGUGUACGCAGCCGCGCGGCUUCGAUCAUCAACCAGGACAACAACAGCAGCAGCAACAAUAGCAGCAACAGCAGCAGCAGCAGCAACAACAACAGCUGUGGUGGCAAGCACUGCAGGAGCAGCAAGCGGCUCGUCAUCGUCGUCAGCGCCACAGGCGCUGGCACUGGAUCGGCACAGCAGCGCAAGCAGCAGCAGCAUGGCUGAUGGUGGCGAUGACCCUGGCGCGGAGGACUAUGCACAGUACACGGACAAGCCGGCACGCAGGAGGCGCACAGGGAGGAGGAAACGGUGUCCCGUGUGCAAGGUCAAGAACGCCCCCAACAGUUUGAUUUGUUACGGGUGCCAGGGUGUUGCUCGUGGCGUGUUUCACCGGAUGAAGGACAAAAAGCUGAUUCCGAAAUCACUCAAUCGCAAGGCGCUCGCUGGCGCUCUGAAGCAAAACUACAAGGGUCUCAAGCGGUCAAGGAAGCGCUGCACCUUCCACUGCAAGAAGUUUGGGCGAGGCCGUUGCGACGUGUGCACCACGCGCUUCAUGAUCAACAACUUCUUCGACCACGUUGUCUUGGAUUACAGCCUGGACUCGGCCAGUGGGUGACAUGUUUUCGUUCAGUGCCAGCAAGCAAGCAAGCAGGGAGACCAGCCAGCCAGCCAGGCAAGCAAGCGAGGCACCACCAGAACACAGUGUUGUCAUCAUUUGGCAUCACAUGUCGCCUCGCACGUGUUGGAGGGAAAUUGCAACUGCUGCGCA